AUGAAAUUCGAUACCUCCGUUUUAUUAGGUUUAGCCUCCUUAUUAGCUGGGAUCUCCCAAGCCGCCGAUGAUGAAUCUCAAGGUUCUAACAGAUUGGAAUUCUCCAACAUCGGUUACACUGGUUACUACGAAGAUGUUCAAGAAUUGAAACAUAUCUGGCAAGAAAAGAAAUGUUUGUGUAAAAGAUCCAGAGAAGCUUGGUUCCAUGGUACUAACGCUCCUUUAUCUGAAUACUUGAGUAUUCAAGUCCGUGGUCCUGUCGCUUUGAAACAAUUCGGAUAUUACCAUGCUGAUUACUUUGCCAUUGGUGAUCCUUACUCUAACUCUACUAGUUGGACUCGUGGUGGUUACUAUAACUCUGUUUCAGGUCUUGCUGAAAACGUCACUUUCUUAAAUAAUUAUGGUGCUCAAUCUCCAUGUUUGGGUGGUGCUUUAGCUUACACUGAAGAUGAUGGUAUGGCUAACUCUGAAAUCGCUCACACUUUGAAAGGUGACAACUUGAUACCAUCUGGUAGAGAAUAUUCCAUCUACUCCAACAAAUUGUGUCCUCACUCGGGUGUCAAGAAUGGUUGCGGUGUUUAUAGACAUGGUAUCCCAGCCUACUACGGUUUCUACGGUAAGACUAAGAUGUUCUUAUUUGAAUUUGAAAUGCCACACGAUUCAAGACCAAACAUGACUGCUAUCCCAUACUACGAUUUACCAGCUAUCAGUUUAUUAAACGAUCGUAUCCCAAGAACUUCUUUGAACCCAACUAACGAAUUAUGUAAUUGUGUUACUGGUGGUUGUGGUGUCUACAACGUCUUUGAAGCUAAGAACGGUACCGAAAACAAUCACUUAUACAGUACAUUAUUCACAAACCAAGUUGGUGGUCAAUUAGCUACUGGUUUCGUUUCUGAUGGUUGGAUUGAAAGAACUGAUGGUGUCAUGAGAGGUGGUGUUAUCAUGGACUCCGCUGGUAACAUUGUUACUUUCAUGAACAACAACACUAUUUUCGAUGCUUCUAUAAGUGCUUCUGAUGUUGAGUCCUUCUUAUCUCAAAUCCCACAAGAUCAAAGUAUCUCUACUCAAAUAGCCGCUGCUGUUCCAGUUUCUUCCACGAAGACUAAGAAGAAAUAG